AUGCAUUUUGUUAAACCUGGGAACUGGUUUUUCAUCCUGCCUUGGAUUUCAUUCAUCCCAUGGUAUGGAAUGCUUAUUGCUAUGCUUAUAUGUUGGGGUGUUCAAGGACGUCCCAUCUACGAUUUUAUGGACGAGUAUAAGAGUCCUGUCUAUAUAUCAGAUAUUGGUGCUACUAAUCUUCGACCUUUGUUUAUUGCCUGUUCAUCUUGGGAAGGCAUAGGUUAUUGUCUUUCAGUGUUUUCGGAAUAUUUCCAACGUGGUGGUGAUAUAUGGUUCAUUAGACCUCGAGGAAAACAAAGACAUUACUAUAUGUCUCCUUGGUAUACUGUUCAUGAAAGAAAUUUGAUUCUAGCAGCGUGCGGCCUAGGGAUAAUAGGUGAGUUGGGUCUGUUCUUCUGUACUAUCUUUUCUACAAAGAAUUAUCCUCAUGUUCAUACGUCUAUGGUUUGUGUCUUUGUUGUACUAUUGUUUUUUUCAGUUUGUUGCUUGUCGGCUCAAAAUUUAGUUAUGGGCAAACAUUACGCUCUUUUGCAUCCCUUAGCAAACCUGUCCAAUGAUUUGAAAUAUGAAGAUUUGCAUUGGAAUCAAUGGGAAGGUCAUGUAUGGAAUAAAUACACAGUGACUGCUGUGGUCAAAUUAUGUUGGUUAGCACUGGCUGUAGUAUGGGCAGUUUGUUUUGCAGCUAUAGAUAAUGGUUCAAGAAGUUCGGAUUUUGAAUGGUUAUUAGCAUUUUGGUUUGGGAUCUUAUUUAUAAUCAUUUCAGUGGAUUUUUAUAUGGGUGGAAGAUACAAAGUCUCUAAAUAUUUUAAUCAAAUUGAUUCCUUCCAAGGUUUUUACAAAUUCGAAGAAAUGUUUGAUACUAGAUAUGUAAAUCAUAAAGAUCAUCAGAGUGAUGAUUUUAAUAGUAUUGAACCAAAGGAAACCGAAGAAGAUGAACAAUUGACAGCAUAG